AUGGAAAUCACAACUCGAAGUGGGAAACUACUUCAAGGAGAAAAUGAACAAGUAGUCGAAGUGGAAGAUCCAGAACAAGAAGUUGAGGCACAAGUUGAGGUGCCAAUUGCUAUUGAAGCUGAAAGACUCCCAAAGGAAGUGAUAAAUCAAGAAGUGAACCGUGAAGAGGUUAAGGAAAAGAUAAAAGAGACACCAAAAGCUCUAGCACAAAUUCCUAGCCCUCCUCCUCCUUUCCCUCAAAUACUUGCUAGGAGGGUUGAUGAUAGCAAACUCGAUAAGUUCUAUGACAUUCUCAAGCAACUAUCGGUGAACAUUCCAUUUGUGGAAGUAUUUCAAGAGAUGCCGGGUUUUGCUAACAUCAACUUAAUUCCUAUUGCUAUUUACAAGCAAUCGGGGUUAGGUAUGCCUAGGACUACAAGCAUGAGGUUGCAAAUGGCCGACCGUUCAAUAAAAAGACCGGUGGGAAUUGUUGAUGAUGUUCUUGUGAAAGUGGGGAAGUUCCUCCUCCCUGUCGACUUUGCUAUUCUUGAUUGUGCUGUUGAUAAAGAAAUCCCUAUCAUCUUUGGGAGACCAUUCCUUGCUACCGGAAGAUCACUCAUGGAUUCGGAACAAAAUGAGAUCAAGCUCUGA